UUAAUUAUACACCUACUAGUAUAGAAAAAUGUGAUUGCAUGAUCAUGUCAGUGGCAGCCCCAGAUUUAAAGCCAUGACUCCUUAAAAGUCCUACUUUUCACACACUACAUACUCACUACUAUCAAAUAUCAAUCCUCAAACUCAAAAAAUCUAACAACAUUCAUACACAUUCCCCUGGCUAUACAAUUCAUUUCCUACCUAAAUACUGUAUAUGUAUCAGCUCUCUGCAUAAAUUUCACUAAUAAAACAAUGAACAACAAUUCCCAUACUGUUUUCUUCACAUUUCUCUCAUAUUUCACACUUUUCUUUCCCAUAUUGAUCAGUGCAAAUGCAGAGCUCAGAGCUCUGAUGGAGCUCAAAUCUUCUUUAGAUCCAGAUAACAAGUUCUUGAAAUCAUGGACUUUUGAAGGGGACCCUUGUAGCUCUUUUCAAGGUGUUGCUUGUAAUCAGCAUCUUAAGGUUGCUAAUAUUACAUUACAAGGUAAAGGCCUCACUGGAAGAUUGUCACCUGCUGUGGCUGGACUCAAGUGCUUGUCUGGUCUUUACUUGCAUUACAAUUUUUUGUCUGGUGAGAUACCAAGAGAAAUUUAUGGGCUCACUGAGCUGCUUGAUCUUUAUCUCAAUGUGAAUAAUUUUUCGGGGAUCAUUCCUCCAGAAAUUGGAAAAAUGGCUAGUCUUCAAGUUCUGGAUCUCUGUUGUAAUCAACUGAAUGGGAGCAUACCAAGAGAAAUUGGGAACUUAAAGAAGCUAAGUGCUGUAACAUUGCAGCAUAACAGAUUGACAGGUCCAAUUCCAUCGAGUAUUGGAAAUCUUGGAAUGUUAAAAAGGCUUGAUUUGAGCUUUAACCAGUUAUCUGGCAACAUUCCUUCUACUAUAGCUAAUCCUCCUGAGUUGAAGAUUCUUGAUCUUCAAAACAACACGCUGUCCGGAGUUGUUCCUCCUGCUUUGAAGAGAUUAAAUGGAGGAUUCAAGGGCGAAAACAAUCUUGGUUUAUGUGGAGCUGGGUUUUCUUCAUUAAGAGUUUGCAGCACUUGGGAUAAUUCAAAUAUCAACCAAGCAGAACCCUUUGCACCUAGAAUAAAUUCUACUGGUACAAAGCAUGUACCUAUGAAUGCUAAGAUUCCGGUAGCUUGCAGCCAAACAAAUUGCUCAAAAUCAUCGAAACUCCCUAGAGUCGCAGUUAUAACAGGUGUGAUUAUCUGCAGUAUUACAUUGUUGGUUGGGGCUUUUCUGUUCGUAUUUCAGUUGCGUAGGCGAAAACAGAAGAUAGGGUUCACAGCUGAUAGUACCUCCGAGGACCGGCUUAGCACGAAUGAGGCCAAGGAUUUGACCUCAAGAAGUGCUUCUCCCCUUAUAACUCUGGAGUACAGCAAUAAAUGGGAUCCAAUGAUGAGUUAUCAGAUUGGCACUGAAGAUUCUGAUAAUUUUUUACAUAGGUUCACUUUCAAUUUGGAAGAAAUUGAGUCUGCAACACAGUACUUCUCAGAUUUAAAUUUGUUGGGAAAGAGCAAAUUUUUUGCUGUCUACAAAGGGAUUCUGAAAGACGGAUCAGUUGUAGCUAUCAAAUGUGUGCAUGUGAUCAACUGCAAAUCAGAGGAAGCCGAGUUCUUGAGUGGAUUACGCUUAUUGACUUCUCUAAGACAUGAAAACCUUGCUAAAUUACGCGGUUUUUGCUGCUCAAUGAGCAGGGGCGAGUGUUACUUGAUCUAUGAUUUUGCCUCUAGAGGUAAUCUGUUGCGAUAUCUGGACCUGGUUGAUGGAAGUGAGCACAAUCUUGACUGGGCCACGAGGGUUUCCAUCAUCAAAGGGAUAGCGAAAGGUAUUGGGUAUCUUCACAGAAGUGAAACAAACAGACCUGCUAUAGUUCACAAAAGCAUAUCUGUAAAAAAUAUUCUCCUCGACGAGCAAUUUAAACCGAUCAUCACGGAUUCUGGCCUUCAAAAGCUCCUUGUUGAUGACAUUAUAUUUUCCACCCUCAAAGUCAGUGCUUCAUUAGGGUACAUGGCUCCAGAGUACAUCACCACUGGCGGAUGCACAGAAAAGAGCGACGUGUAUGCAUUUGGGGUGAUCAUGCUUCAGAUUCUAUCAGGCAAAACAUAUCUCAAUAGCUCAAUACGAUUAGCAGCUGAAUCAGGCAGAUACGAGGAGUUCAUAGAUGCAAAUUUGAAGGGCAAGUUCUCAAAAACUGAAGCAGCUAUUCUAACAAAAAUUGCAGUCAUCAGUACAGAUGAACUUCCAGAUUCCAGGCCAACUAUGAAGACAGUAAUUCAAGAUUUAAGCAACCUUGGCUCUGUAACUUUAUGAUUUGUUCUGUACUUGCUAAUCCUGCUGCUCUAGAACUGAUGGUGAAAGAGUAACAGAUGUAGUUGGCCGAUUGUAUAGUAGAGCUGGUACAAAGAAAAUCUGAAGAAAUUAACAUUAUGUUUACUAUC